AUGGAGUGCUGUACGCCAAGAGUGCUGGGAACUAUCGGGGCGGUUCUGGCGCUGCUGCUUGCGUACAGGGUGACGCUCUCGCGGACGGGCCUGGUCUCGUCGCUGCUGCAGGAUACGGCGCUGGGGGUGGUGAGCCGAGUCUGCUCGCACGCUACGCAAACCGAGGUCACCAUCGAUGACAUCUACAUCCAUCCCACAGUGGGAGCCGCUGGACUACGUGGUGUAACAGUUGGCGUACCGGAGGGCUUUACAAAACAUCCGGCAUCCAUGGGCAACGUCUCCAUCGUCUUUGAGCCGGCCACCCUCGUCACCGGCUCGGUCAUCCGUGUCCUCUCAGUUGUGGUCGAUGCGCCGCAGAUUGUGUUUGAGAUGAACAAGCGAGGGAACUCGGUCCGAGCUGUGUAUGAUGCCAUUCUGCAGUAUUCGGCUGAUCGCAUGCGCCCGUUCAUGGUCAUCGAGGAGCUUGUCAUCCGCCGCGGCCUUGUCACGCUCGUCGCAUCUCCCGACAUACUCGAGCUGGAUCCGUCACUCCCGCGCGACGUUCGCCUUCCCCGCAUCCACCUCUCUGACAUUGGGGUGCCGUCGGGUCUGUCGUUCUCGGGCAUAUUUAAGCACGUAGCCGAUCCGCUCAUCAUCAACAUCCUCGCCACCGCCGAGGGCCUCAUCGACCGCCAUCGCGCCACUGCCGGCGCGCGCGCCGACUCGCCGCCGCCGUUCCCUCCGCCAGGCGCCAUAAAUGCAACUGUUGCCUGA